AUGUCGACUCCGUCUCUCUCCGAUGGGCAGCUCACGCCAACCGAUACCGACCCUGAUCUUUGCUUCUCAUCCUCGGAAGAUGAUCACAUUUGGCCAACCGCACAAGAUGUCGUCGAGAUGUCAAUUAUGCUCAAUGGUAGUGCCGUUCCUCUGUCGUGGUCUCGCGAGACCCUCAAGAGAUUGCCAAUGGGAACUCGUCCGGUAAAGAUGGUUGGCGAAGGUGCUGCCAAUGUUGUAUUCGAAUUGGGUAUUCCAGAAGGAGAUCUCAGGGCCAACGACUUCAAAGGAUGGCUUCUUCGUGUUGCCAAAGCCCCUGUCAGCGGCUCACCCGCCAGGUUCAAUUAUUUGAGACAGCAAGAGUUCUACGCAAAGCAAAUCACGCCAUUUCUCAAGACUCAUGCCAUUCAACAACAGCUCGUUGUCCUACGUAACACAAAUAUUAUUCCUCAGCUAAACGCGUUUCUACGGUCAAUUGACCAUCAGCGCAAGGAGAAGUUCAGGGGUACCUUUGUCUCCGAGUCUAAUUGGGGACUUCUUGUUGAAGAUAUGCGAAUAUCUGACCCCAACAGCAGACUUAUCGAAUUCAAGCCAAAGUGGUUGAAUCAAUCGCCGAGUGCUCCUCAGGGUGCUAUACGGUGUCGACAAUGCGCCAUGGAACUUUUCAACUACCUCCGGGAUCCGAGUCCUUCGAGGCAUACGCCAGAGCAAAAGCCUUGCCCCCUUACACUUGCCAAUCCUAGUGCUCCCUCGGCUAUCAGUUCACCAUUUCGUUUCGCUCCUAAACUUGCUUCCAAGUGCAACGAUCCUAUGGUCCGGGAGUUGCUAGCAAAAACAGCCGACCACCAGGUCAUUCGUGAUCUCAGAUGGCUUCAAAAUCUUUCCGACACCAAAGGUCCUCUACACGCCGAGAAGAACGAUCCCAUGUUCAGCCUGGCCAUGACUGUUCGUGAUUGUACCUGUUUCGUCCAAAUGAACCUCGGACCCGAUGUACCUCCCGAACAACGACUUCGUGUUAGGCUUGGCGACUUUGACCUAAAGGACACCGACAUCAAGUUCAAGCGAUGGACUUCGGCCGAGAAGGACCUAAUCGACUCGGGUUGCUACACCGCUGACUGGAUCAUGUGUAACGGGCAGUACUACCACCCUCCCACCAAAUGUCUUCUCGAGUGGACCCGGCGGCGGGAUCAAAACGUGAGAAUCAUUGGCAUCAAGGCCAAAGGUUCUCAUCCCAACAAGGCAGUGCAUUUCCCUACCGAGGUCAUGACCAAGCAAGCUCUCGUGCACUGGAUGACGAGUAGCCCUGUCAAGCUCACGGGACUUCUUCAGCCCGACAGAAAGGAUAAGCCAAGGACCGAAGUCUGCCCAUUUCGGAUUGAGCCUCCGAAUCUACUAAAAUGGUUGUCUAAGAAGCCGUAA